UCAUCAUCAUCAUCAUCACAGUAGCUGAACAAGUGAAGAAAUCAUGAAUCAUCAGUGAGGGCCUUAAGUCGAAGCUUAGAUUGUUUGUUACAGACGAUUUAAUUAAUUGUUUGCCAUAUUGCAUGCAGUAGUCUACUUGGAAUAGCUGAUAAUCGAGUAAAAUAUUGAAGUUGUUUGUAUAAACGUUGCAAAACUGGUGGCCUAUUUUAGGGUCUUUUGACGUUAGCUAGCUAGCUAAACCUACCAAGCUCAGUUAAACUUGUAAACAUUUUUGUGAAAGAUGGCUGACAACGGUGCACAUACGACUGAAGAGGACCCAGCCGCAGCCUUCCUGGCUCAGCAGGAGAGUGAGAUAGCGGGGAUAGAGAACGACGGCGAAGGGUUUGGGGCUCUGGAAGAAGCGGAGGUCGUACAGCAGUCUCAGCCGGAGCCGGUGGCCAACUAUGACGGUUUCGGUGAGGAGCCUGCUACAGUGAAUGGGGAUAUGUUUCAGGAGUCCAAUGGCCCAACAGACAACUAUGCAGCCAUCGCCCAGGUGGAUAUUCAGAGGCAAGAGCCGGAGAGUUUACGCAAGUGGAGAGAGGAGCAGAAGACACGCCUUGAAGCAUUAGACUCAGCAUCAAAGGCAGCAGAGGCAGAGUGGAGAGAGAAAGCCAAAAAGGAGCUGGAGGACUGGCACGUACACCAGAAUGAGCAGAUGGAGAAGAACAAGGCCAACAACAGAGCAUCGGAGGAGGCUUUCCUGGCUGAGAGCAAUGGCGACAGUCCAGGAUCCGAAUGGGAGAGAGUAGCCCGUCUCUGUGACUUCAACCCGAAAACCAACAAACAGGCAAAGGAUGUUUCUCGAAUGCGUUCGGUCCUCAUCUCCCUCAAACAGACACCUCUAGUUCGCUAGAGGAGGUCGCAGGGAGAAUUUUGUUCUAGAGAACAUUGCCUUUUCAGUUUUAACCUCACAUUGCAUCAGAAGAGUUUGUAUGCCCUUUUCCAUAAAAUUCCUGAUUUGUUUAUAACCUUUGAAAACUUCCCGCCUUUCUUGAUGAUGAUUAUAUUUAUAAUAAUAACAUACUUAACCCCACUCUCUUGUGAGAAGAUGGACUACUCUAUUGUUACGACACCCUUUGGCUGGUCAGUUUUAUCACUGCUAUACUUAAGAAAAUAUUGUUACUGUGUUUUAAACGAUUCCCUUCCCCUUUUAACUUAUAAAUUAUUAGGUCAGUUUUCUUGCAUGCCUCUGCCAAUAUUUUGGAUGCACAAUUUUGGGUUGUUUUUAUAAAUUUGCAUUUUGGUCGAUGUCAAACACUCGAGCACUAUUGCGUAUUAGAUUGUAACCACUUAUGCCUCUCAUCAAUGUAAAAUGAUCAACAGUCUUUUUUCACAUUCGUUGUACUAUGUUUCCUGAUUACCAUAUUUAACUUAGCUAGCAUAUUUUUCUCUUUCAAAAUGCAUAAGCUUGUGGCCUUUUUGAUGUAGCUCUUACUCCAGUUUGAGUAUUUAGCCAGAUGGAUUUCCUCUUUAAUUAGGCAAGGUAGAAAAAAAAAAAGUCACAACCAAAGAUCUAAAUUUUCAGAGUUCACAUGAUUAACGAUUUGUGCGAUUUUUAAUUUCUCUAUUUUCUCAUCAGAAGUUUUAUGCACCAUUAUGUUUUUUAGAUUUUUUUUUUUUUUUUUUUUAAACUAAUCAAUAAGGUGUCAGUUUCAACAGUAAUGUCUGCACAUUGUUUCACAUGUUGCCUAUUCGGACAUAAGGAAUACUGAAACAAGUGAAUGUUAAAGGGGAACUGGAAAAUAAAAAACAGUGGAGUAUGA